AUGACUCUCACCAGUCCUGAACCUCAGCUGCCCCUUGUCGAUAGCCGCCACUCUUGCGUCGGCUCCUGGAGCUUGUGCAGGUUUCCCUGCCCUGGUCAUUACUGCACAACGCCUCUAUCGGCUCGGCCUGUUGCUACUGGAACUGUGGGCUGUAGACUGGACUGGGCUUCAAACUAA